UGGUUGGUCAUUUCCUCAAGCUUGAAGCUUCAAACAGACACGGCGACGAUGCCAAUGGCGAGGGCAUAUUCAUUUCUUCACCAUGAGAGGUAUGAUGGACGGUGGUCGCUCCGCGGCCUCCUCGGCUUCAACUUGGUCGUCGCCAUCAUCUUCGAGCAGCUACCCAUCCGUCUUCCGUAACUGUCCCUUGAUCGCGGCCAUCGUCGCCUUUGUCAUCGCCCAGACCAUCAAGUUCUUGGUCACCUGGUACAAGGAAAGACGAUGGGACACCAAACAACUAAUUGGAUCUGGUGGAAUGCCAUCAUCGCAUUCAGCCACAGUGACAGCAUUAGCAGUGGCUAUUGGAAUUCAAGAUGGCUUGAAUAGUCCUACAUUCGCUACAGCAACAAUAUUAGCAUCUGUGGUAAUGUAUGAUGCUUUUGGAGUUCGACUGCAUACUGGAAAACAGGCAGAGGUGUUGAAUCAAAUUGUGUAUGAGCUUCCAGACGAACACCCUCUAGCUGACACUAGGCCACUGCGUGAACUUCUAGGCCAUACUCCUCUACAGGUAACUGCUGGUGCUAUAGUGGGGUGCGCCGUAGCUGGUAUAGCUCAAUUUAUAAACAAAUUGCUAAUGGAGCUACAUUGAGAACACAUGAAUGUGACAAUUGACUUCAUAUCGAGGCUUAUAAUAUAUAUUCCUUAAAAUUUAUUAACUACAAUUUGGUCGAUUUAUAGAUGAUUAAAUUUUACUGAAUUCGUGUAAUGGUGAGGGAAUGGCACUUGAAAGAGGAUUUUGAUGCUUCAUUCUUUCGUGAUUAAA